UUGCCAUCGAUCAGCCUCUGCCUAACAACUUUUCUAUUUUCUUCCUUCACGCGCUGUGCGCUCCGUUCGUCUUCCCAUGAUCUUCUCUCUUUGUCAUGCAAAAAACAUAUAUAAACCAACCCCACCACCACCCACACACACACACACACACACACAUAUAAACUUCACAGAGAGAGAGAGAGAGAGAGAGAGAGAGAGAGAGAGAGAAGAGAAGCAGGAUAACCAUGAAGAGGGAUGGUUCAUCAACAUCAUCAUCAGGCAGGAGUGAGAGUGAUAAGGAGAGAACAAAACUAAGAGAGAGACAGAGAAGAGCUAUUACCACCAGGAUCUUCCAUGGACUCAGGAAUUAUGGUGGUUACCAGCUUUCACCACGCUCUGAUAUCAAUCAAGUCCUCCGUGAACUCGCCAAGGAGGCUGGUUGGGUUGUUGAGCCUGAUGGCACCACCUACCGCUAUAAGGUUGUGAGCCGGUGCCCAACUUGUGGGGUGAUCCCAAAUACAAGCACCAACACGACACCUACCACCAGCAGCACCGUCAUUGCUUGUGGCGGUGGUGGUGGAGGAGGAGGAGACUGCUCUCCAACCACGUCGCCGCGCUGCAAUAUCGACCCCACAAUGAUCAACCCCUACAACAACAACAGCCAUGCUGGGUCUACAUCCUUGUAUGGUCAUGAACAUGGCUCUGCAGGUAGUUGUACCGGUGAUGUUGACAAUAAUAAUUCUCUUGCUUUCUACAUGUACAAUGGACUAGCUAGUGGGCUCCACCACCCAUCCACAGCCACAGCCACAGCCGAGGCCGCCAUAAUCGGAGGUGGAAUGCAGGUGCAGGUACCAAGUCAGCAGCAGCUUCAAGGGACGUACAUCCAAGAGGCAAGGGCAUCUAACCAGAACACGCCUGUCGGAUCACUAGAUCAGUAACUGGGAGUCUUGAAUUCCAAAAUUGUCCUCGUGUAUAUCCUGAAAUUUACCACUGCUAGAAAGAAAGUAGGAAGUAUAAACAUGAAAAAAAAAUGGAAUACAUAUACAGAGAGAGAGAUAGCUAGUAGCGUGGAGCAGGGUUGGCAAAGGUGUCUUCUAUUCCUAUCUUAGCCUAACAUUUGGUGCACGAAGGCUUCUACCGCAUUGCUUUCCUUUUCCUUGCAAGCUCUAUUACCAGGACCAGGAUUACUUUUGAAUUUAAUUAGUUAAAAAACUAAUUUUUCCUUCAA